CGAUUACAAAACAAAAGCGAAGGACAAAAGAGCAAGCCGAGCGCAAGUCAGCCAAGACUGUCAAGUCAAUCAAGAGAUAUAAAAUCGAAUAAGGGAAAAAGACAAAGUUUGUUACCAACUUACAAACAGUUUGCGAAACGUAAGUCGGAAGAAAGACAGAAGCAAAAAAGCAAAAAAGGGGGCAAAAGCAUGUGAGGUAACAAUAAACAUUGGUAUGAUGGAGUACGUGGGAACUGAAUUAAAACCAGUCAGAGGGGGAUCUUUGCCUUUGAAAACAUCUGAUAAUGCAACUUAUCAGGAAGUUCUCUCUGCGGCGAAAAAAAAAGUGAAGCGUUCGACCGAGGGGUUAUGUACUCGCAUACCCUGAUACAAGUAUUGCCAAGAAAAUUCCGGGUACCGAAGAUGAAUUCAUUUUAAAAAGCUAUAAGGAAUGGCUUGGAAAGUCAUAUUCUAGGCUAACUCUCUACUUAAGCCCAGUUGCCCCACUAUCGGAGAAAGAUACAUACGAAGAUGAGGAUGAAGAUGAAGAAAGUGACAUUUUAAUGACCAUGGAUGAAAAUAAUUUUCCGGAAACUGAUGCUGUCAAUACAUGUGGGGAAAAGGAAUGCGAUUCUGCAGAUGAGAGUCCUUUUGAAGAUAUUAGCUUUUUUAUUGCAACUGAUUUUAUGUAA